AUCAGACUUUUGUAAAAGACGAAAGCCGUGUCGCCGAAGCUGAAUGUGUGCAAAGUAUUGGCUCGAAUGAUGAUGAACCGCCACCACAGUUGGAGCCUCAAAAUUCGCUUUUACCAAAAUCCGCGCAGUCUGCAAAUAUUGUAAAAACUGAGAGUUAUUCUGGAGAGAUGGGUGAAGUUAUUCGAGUUCGAACACCCAAUGGAACCGAGCAAUUAAUUCAGCUUCCACCCGGACAAACUCUUGAUGGUACUACGUUGUAUGUGGAUGAAUCGGGAAAUGUGGAAGCAAGUGGCCGCCAGGAUCUUCGGGAUAUUGAAUUUAAUUUCCUGGAUUCAAAGAAUAUUUGCUGUGGCUUAUGCGGUGAGGUUGUCCCGUAUGAUUUGCUCCUCAGCACACACAUUCCACAGCAUCAUCCGGAGAUGCUUGAGGAGGGCACGAUGACGGUGGAAGAUGUCCCGUAUGAGACAUGGCUAAAGGAGAAGUUGAACGAAGAGAGACGGCGCAUGGAAUCCGGCAUGCGUGGUACAUUUGACGCAAGUUCCGUAAACCGUCCCUAUAGUACUCGUAAUUAUCGAAAUGUUUCGCAAGUACGCGUAAACACGCAUGAAAUGACGCUAAAUCAACUCACAACAGCACUGCGAAAGAAAAUGCUCGAGAAGUUGGGGCGUUCGGUGCCCGUAACGCUAGUGGACAAGCAGCAUGCUCGUUGCGGUUUGUGCAAUGCAGUGGUAUCGUUGAAUCGUAAAUUUGAAGUUGUUCAUUUGGUGCGACAUUUCAAUGCCUGGCAUCCAUCGGUGCAUCAAUGCGCUGGAAAAUGGAAACUCAAGGUUUGUGUUAUUUUCCCCUGUAUUCAUUUUUUUUUCCAUUCCACACUUUUUGGUCACUUUUUCUUUAUUAUUUUCUCAAGGCAUCUCCCCCCGGAAAAUCGUUAG